AUGGGUGAUUUGUUACUUCCUGGCCAUGGGGAUCCCGUGCGAAAAAGACAGCACCGGCAUGAUGUUGAUUCCCAAAGGUUGAGAAUGCCCAUUCAUACAGAGCGACAUAUUCGUGUGAUUUGUGUCGGUGCAGGCGCGUCGGGACUUCUGUUUGCCUAUAAACUGCAGCGAAGCUUCUCCAAUUUCGACCUAGUCAUCUACGAAAAGAACGAGCAAGUCGGUGGCACUUGGUGGGAAAACAAAUACCCAGGUUGUGCGUGCGAUGUUCCAUCUCACAAUUACACUUGGUCGUUCGAGCCUAAACUUGACUGGUCAGGAACAUACGCCAGUAGUAAAGAGAUCUUCAAUUACUUCGACUCAUUCACAGACAAGUAUGCACUGCGACACUACUGUCGUAUGCGUCAGCAAGUUGUGAGUGCCGUAUGGAGUACAGAAGACCACGGUUAUCAUGUGAAAGUUCGUGAUUUGAACACCAAUAAAGAGAUCGACGAUUUUUGUGAUAUCCUGAUCAACGCGGGCGGAAUCUUGAACUCCUGGCGCUGGCCUGCUAUUCCAGGUCUGGACAGUUAUAAAGGAACACUUGUCCACACUGCCAAUUGGGAUGAGUCUAUCGUGUUAGAUGGCAAGCGUGUUGGGUUAAUUGGAAACGGCUCCUCUGGAAUUCAAGUUCUCCCCGCCAUCCUCCCACAAGUGAAAGAAGUCACCACUUUUAUUCGAGAGCCUACUUGGGUCUCUCCUAUUCCGGGUCUCGAGCAACACGUUUUCACAGCCGAGGAAAAGGAAGCGUUUGCUACCCGCGCUGGAUUACUCACUCAAUACCGCAAGGAUAUUGAGAGAGGAAUGAGCGGUACUUUCGGUGUGUUUUUGAAAAACACUCAGAAUCAACAGGGCACAAGAGAAUACAUGACAAAGCAGAUGAGGGACAAACUAAGUGGCACCAAUUUGGAAGGUGUGCUGAUCCCUGAAUGGUCAGUUGGAUGUCGCCGCAUCACACCAGGUGUAGGCUAUCUCGAGUCUCUGGGUGCGGAGAAUGUCAAGGUUGUCUAUGGAAAUGUUGAUUCCGUUACUCCUCGAGGGUGCGUCUCGGGUGGUCGUGAGUACCCAGUGGAUGUGUUGAUUUGCGCCACUGGAUUCGAUACCACAUUCAGGCCUAGAUUCCCAAUAAUUGGUCCUAAAGGGAACAACUUGCAGGAUGAUUGGAAAAAUGAGCCGCAGUCAUAUUUUGGCAUAGCCGCUGCCGGAAUUCCAAACUAUCUCAUGUUCCUUGGUCCCAACAGUCCAGUUGGUAACGGCCCUGUGUUAUCAGCAGUUGAGGCGCAAGCCGACUAUAUGAUGAAGCUUAUUGAUCGCUACCAAACAACCAAUAUUGCGAGCUUCUCUCCGCAACCGGACGCUGUUGCCGACUUUAUCGCAUACAAGAACAGAUUCAUGGACGGUACAGUCUGGUCGGAUGGAUGUCAGUCAUGGUACAAGGCUGGCCGGCCGGAUGGACCAGUUACGGCGUUAUGGCCAGGUUCGACUCUACACUACAUCGAGGCAAUGAACGAAGUGCGUUUGGAGGACUGGGAGACCACAUAUUCUGGGAACCGCUUUGACUGGCUAGGAAAUGGAUAUAGUCAGACUGAAUGCGAUGAGACGGCGGACUGGGCCUAUUAUAUUCGUGGUGAGGAUGAUGGUGAAUACCACAGCCGUGGAAAGAAACGACGUAUCGCAACAAAAUCGGGAACAGUCAAAGCGGAUGCUGGGAGCUUCCAAGUAUUCCCAAAGAUCUAG